AUGUCUGGAGAUUUAAACAAAACUACCGGUCAUGGAGUUUACUUUUCUGGCAACUUUGAAAUUGAGGAACAGGUUUCAACUGAUUUGAAACAAAAGGCUGAAUACAGGACCUAUGCCAUCUCUAUAAAUUGUGGUGGUGCCGAUGGAGGCGAACCCACACGAUACGAAAUCAGGGCACUUGGAUAUGGCCCAGAUGGAGAAGCUGUCAAGACCAUUGUAGCUACUGUAAAACACACGGAUUACCACCCCUCGGUGAACAGAGCUUCAACUACCUUGGGGCAUCAAGACCCCAGCGAGUUUGCUGAGAAGAGGAUCAAAAUCGAAGGAAGCGGUGAAGCGUCCGGCCGUCCGAAGCCAAAGAAGUUUGUACCAAAAUCUGUAACUGCGCCAUUCAAGUCGCCAAUCGUUCCAGCGGGGCUUGCCUCUACCAUAGAGGCUGAGCCUGCGGACUUUCCACAAGCUCCACCUUCCCCUACUGGUAGUGACUAUGUCGGUCCGCCUGGACAAGCCCCAGUGAGCAAAAAGAGGCCUAAUACAGCUGCCGCCAAACCAAGGGUCCGAGCACGCCCUGCACGAAGGACAUCGAGUACCUCAACCCUUGACUUGACUACUCAAGAAUAA